GAAUAAUUCAUUUUGUAAAAAAUAAACGAAAAAACAAAUUAAUACCAUCACUAUUAACAGUUUCAAAAAAAAAAUACCAUCAUUAUUAACGAAACCCCCACUAGAAAACUACACGGCACCAAACCAAAGGCGGAGAAACGCACACGAACAAAAGCCUCAUCCGCACCAAAAGUAAUUUAUGGGCUGCUGCGGCGACGACGACGACGACGACGCACCACCACAACCGUCGCAACAAUUGCUUUCGCCGCCGCAUGAUCUCCUCCAGCCGCUCUGUUCCUCAUCAUCCGCCGACACCACGAUCUCGCCGAUGAAUUCGAAUUUCUCGGCUCUCCUAUGCAAGGACACUCUCCGGGCCAUACUCCAGAAGCUAUCGCUCUCCGAUCUUGCCCGCGCCUCUUGCGUCUGUCGCCUCUGGCAGUCGGUGGCCUCCGAUAGCCAGAUGCAGAUUCAAGCUUUCAUUUCCCCGUGGAAGCUUCGAGACAUCGUCGGAAAACCUAGCUCUAGCGCCUUCUGGAGAGAUAAUUCCCUUUCGAAAUUCGCCGUCUCUCACCGCCUCUCCCGCAGCGAUUCCAUUGCUAGCCUCGCUGUUAAGUAUACUGCUCAGGUUAUGGACAUCAAGCGCUUAAACAACAUGAUGAGUGACCAUGGGAUAUACUCCAGGGAGCGUCUGCUAAUCCCUGUUAACAACCCAGAGAUGCUCGUAGGUUCCACAUGCUACAUAGAAGUGGACGCCCAUGCAAAGAGAGAGGUUGCAGUACUGUAUCUCGAGGGUGGCCCCGACAAAAAUCUGAAUUCCCUUCUACAUAGACUGGCCACUGAACGAGGUAAAAAAAGGGUGAUAGACUCGUUGAAGAGGAGUAUGCGUGUCGAUGAUGGCACAGCUCUAUACUACCUAUCCAUAUCGAACGGUGAUCCUAGAGCUGCACUUACACAAUUCUCUGAUGAUGUGCGCUGGGAGAGGCAGGUUAGUCUCGCAUAAUCUGUAAUACAAAGCCAGUGAUCCUGUUUGUGCUAGCAAUAAUGGACUUUGCAUUAUUGGGUUCAUUGGCGUUCCAGUAUAUUCCAUGUAUAUAGAAUCCCAAUUACCUGGGCUCACAGAAAUAAUUUUCUUUAUGUGAAGCUAGGGGAAAUUAUUCAAAGAAUCGAAGUUGUGUUUAUAUAUUUCUGCUAUUCCAGGUUCUCAUAA